UAUCCCAAAAUUUUAAUAAAAAUUUUCAUAAUAAUAAAAAACCACAGGUAUGACGAAUCUGAACCAGCAAAUAUGGUAUCUUCUGCAUUUCGUCACCCAAUUGACAUGUCUGCCCAUGUGAAACAGUAGCUGAACUAUUUUUGGUCUAUAUUUACGCAUCCACUUAACGAGCAUUACGAGCGACCAAAUUUGGAACCCGGUGUGAACAGAAACACGCAGCGAACCGCACCCCUGAACGGAUGCCUCUUCACCUCCGGCUGUUCGAGCCUUUCCCACCGAAGAGCGCGUCUUUUUACCGCGAUCUUUUUGCCACUCAACCACGGCCAGCGUCCCCUGCAUAUACGCCAUCUGCGGCUUGGUUUCAUCAUCUUGGCACCGUCGUCGCAGUUCCCAACAAUCGACGAGGGGACCCGCGCUGCGAUCCCGCAACCGAACCGGAGAAGAAACGCAGCUGUGACCGCGACUACUUAACAGGAAGCCAUUCACGCCGCAGGGCCCGAGUUAGCAAGCACUCAGUUGCGCCACCAUUGCCUUGCCUGUUCUUGGACACUUGUUGUUGCGGCCAAUCGCUUUAGGGACUGCGAUUAUUAGCCGUUGCCCGGUGCCAAGUUAAGUUACCGGUUGAAUCAUGACAAGAAACGCGUGGUCCGUGCUGCUGAUUUUGAUCUGCUUAUGGGUUUGCCCUGCGAGGAUCAGUGGGUUCUCAUGGAACAUCCUCUCCUCGUCGUCGGGCUCGGCGGCGGUGGCUAACCAGCGCGCUCCGAUGAUGGAGCUAGAGGACGCGGUGGCCGACUUCGACAUGGACGACGCCAACGACCCGCGAGGGCUGAAGCUGCUGGAGAACGCGCGAAACAAGCUCGCCGGGCCGAGGAACUGCUGGCAGGAGGCGUACCGCAAGCUGUUUGCCAGCUGCGGCGAAAUCAUGGCGGAUAAGGAGAGGCAGUCGCGCCUGGCGUGGCACCUCAGCAGCUGCUUCCAGGAGGACUCAGGGCGGCCGCCCUUCCCGUCCUGCGCCGACGGCUCCAAGAUGGUCCAUUGCCGCAAGCAGCUUAGCGAAUCCGAGGGCAAGGUGUUCCUUGAGUUCUUUCUCGAGACCAACACUCUGUGCCACCAGUUGCAGGCUGAAGCGUUCAAGCACAACACAGAGAGGCUCGUCAAUGACCUGACAAGGACAUCCAAGUCUGCUAAGGAGAAGCUUGAGGUGAUCGAGGAGAGGUCAGACCAGAUCAUCAAGGAGUCCUGCAAGGUUCAUGACACGCUGUCAUCGAUCGAGAUACAAACCGACCACCUGGCAGAGACGUCGAAGAACGUCAGGGAGCAGAUCAAUGACACGCUGGCUCACUCGAAGGCCGUCUUUGAGCAGUCUAAGGAGAUCGCCGCGGCUCAGGUUGCCCUGAAGGAAGGGCAAACGGAGAUGAGGGAGAAGAUCGACGCUGGCAUGGCGCGCGUCGAGGAGUCGUAUGAGAGCCUCGGCAAUGGGAUGGAUAAACUGAAACAGGAGACUGGGUACAUUCACAGGGAAAUAAAAAGUGUUGGCGAUUCAAUAUCUUCAAAGAUGGAAGGUUUGCAGAGCAAGGCUGAUGAUAUUGGGAGUGUGGUUGGCAAGUCAUUGGAGAAUCAGAAGAAGCUAAUUGAUGGUCAGAGCCGGGCCAUGGAAGGAUUGAAUAAUCUCCACAACUUUCAAGCACAAGCUCUUGAAGAAAGCAGGGAAACAAUUCAGAAACUUGCGCAGUUUGGCCAGCGGCAGCAGGAAGAGUUAUUGGCCCGGCAAGAACAAAUCCGACAAGCCCAUGAUCAUCUCAUCCAAAACUCGCACUCUAUAUUGGAAGCACAGGAAGAGUUCAGAGCAAAGCAGGCCAACAUUUUUGCUGCUUUGGACAAACUGUACAUCCUGCACAACGCCAUCCUAGCCGAGUCUCGCUUCAUCAAGGCAUUCUUCUUCUACUGCUGUAUCGUGUUCCUCAUCUAUAUGCUCACCAGUGCAAAGCAAACGUUCAGCAUCAGGGGCCAACUCUACUUUGGUCUAUGCAUCACACUCGUGCUGGAGAUCGGGCUGAUCAAGGUCGGCGCCGACGACAUCGACAAGCAGUUCUGGGUCAUGUCCAAGGUGUUCCUGAUCAGGAUGGUGUUCCUCGGCGUCGCCACUGUCCAGAUCCUUCACUCUAUAUUCACCUACAGGGACUACGAAGCGCUGAACCACCGGCUGCUCCAGACGCUGGUGGAGAAGGUCCGGGCGCUGGAGGAGACCGCCGGCGGGCGGGCACUGCCGUACGAGACGGAGGAGAGCGAGGGGAGCAUGAGAGAUUACUCGUGGGUCUUCGACGAGCUGGCGGACGAGGUGGACAGCAAGAUGGACCCGAGCUACGCGAUGCCGCCCGAGCGGGCGCCCCGGCGUUGCAACGAGGUCGUGUUGCCGGAGGGGUUCGGCGAGAACUCCAUCACGACGUCGGUGGGCCGGAGGUACAAUCUGCGGCCGCGGAAAUAGGAAGGCCCGAAUUAGUAGUUUCUGAGUAGGGAGGAGGCCUCUCGAGUGCCACAUGAGGAUGUUGACGAAAAUUUGUUUACACGAUGUUUUAGCAUAUUGUCGUGAUGAAGCUACAAUCCCUAAAUAUAGUUACACUGGAGUGAAUAUAUUGUCAAAAAUUGAUUGAUUCAA